AUGAGAAUGUUUAUUGUUGUUGCUGUAAUUGGCAUUCUCAGUACAGUUCAUGGGCAGCACCCAGACAUAGCAAAUGCCCCUGCUAAUGAGAACAACUAUUCAGAUGUAUCGGCAUUGUAUGUGCUAGGGGAUUCCUCUGUUGACUGUGGAGACAACACUCUGUUCUAUCCUUUGCUUCACGGUCGUCUCUCUUUGUAUCCAUGUAACGGUUCUGAUGCCACUCUUCUUCCUCAACUUCUUGCUGAGAAGAUUGGAUUCACAUCAAUCCGGCCAUUUUAUCGUCAGAAUGGAUCUCUGGAGGAGGUUCUCGGUGGUCUCAAUUUCGGAUCAACACAAGCUACAAUCAUGAAUCAAGGAAGCUACAGUCACCAGUCUCUCAACCAACAACUACGCCAGGUUUCUGAAACUAUGCAGCUGUUGCAACUGCAGCUGACUGAGGACACUGCUCUUCAACUUACAAAAUCCUCCAUCUUUUUCCUCUCCUUUGGCAAAGAAGAUUACAUUGAGCUUUUCCUCCACAACUCUUCCAGUUCCAACCACACGUUGCAGCGCGGUGCCCAAUAUUUUGCUACCAUUUUGGUCAACCAGAUGGCAAAUGCUGCGAGGUAUCUUUAUAAUGCUAAUGCAAGGAAAAUCACAUGUUUGGGAGUCCUGCCUUUGGGAUGCACACCUCGUAUGGUCUGGGAGUUGAAUAGCACGUCAUCAGCAGCAGAUUCUAAUGCAACCGGUUGUGUGGAACAUGUCAAUGACAUGAUCUUCGAAUACAAUAGGUUGCUGGACGAACAAAUAGACAAGCUCAAUACAGAAUUUCCUGAUGCUCAGAUGGUGUUCUGUGAUGUAUACAAUGGAAUGAUGGAGAUCAUCAACGAGCCAAGGCUUUAUGGUUUUGAAGACGUGAAGAGUGCAUGUUGCGGACUUGGUUUGAAUGGUGCCAUGAUAGGGUGCAUCUCCAUGGACAUGGCCUGUGAUCAAGCUUCAACUCAUGUUUGGUGGGAUUUGUUUAACCCUACACAAGCAGUUAACAAAAUCCUAGCUGAUGCAGCCUGGUCUGGCCAAACAAUUCCUGAUCUUUGUCGCCCUAUCAGUAUCCAUGAACUAGCUAGCAUCAAAGUCUAGCAUUUCCUAUUGAUCAUGUUAUAAAACUUACUAAAGUUUCAGAACACUUAGAAGUAGCUGUGAUAUAUACACUCUGUUUGAACACAUGCAUAGCAGUAAAAAAUCAAACACACAACUUGCAAAGCUGAUGCUAACCCCACCUGUAGUGGAAAGAUAAAGAAAUAGGACCGUAUAUCUUGAAAACAAUUUUUUAUUACAAUGCCAUACCAUGAUGGAAUCUG